GCUAGGCUGCUCUGCGGCCGCGGUGGAGACUCCGCCGCUCACGCUGCCCGCCGCGACUCCAGCGGCGGCGCCGUUCCCCGGCCGCGCUGCUCCCCGACGCACGGCUCGGGCGGCUCCCGGUGCGGUGCGGCUAUCCCGGCGUCCGGGUCCCCGUGGGCCCGCGGCUCACGUCCGGGGCUGCGGGGCACGCAGGUGGGCCGGCGGCCGCUGGGAGAUAGGCCCCCGGGGGCAGCUGCGGACCAUGGCGCGGAGACCUGGCGCGCCCGCUGCCUACGGGGAGGAGUUCUCCUUCGUCAGUCCGCUGGUGAAAUACCUGCUCUUUUUCUUCAACAUGCUCUUCUGGGUCAUUUCCAUGGUCAUGGUGGCUGUGGGUGUCUAUGCCAGGCUGAUGAAGCACGCAGAAGCAGCCUUGGCUUGUCUGGCGGUGGACCCCGCCAUCCUGCUGAUCGUGGUGGGUGUCCUUAUGUUCCUCCUCACCUUCUGUGGCUGUAUUGGAUCCCUUCGCGAGAACAUCUGCCUUCUGCAGACGUUCUCCCUCUGCCUCACCAUCGUGUUCCUGCUGCAGCUGGCUGCCGGCAUCCUGGGCUUCGUCUUCUCAGACAAGGCUCGGGGGAAAGUGAGUGAAUUAAUCAACAAUGCUAUUGUGCAUUAUCGAGAUGACCUGGACCUGCAGAACCUCAUUGACUUUGGCCAGAAGAAGUUCAGCUGCUGCGGAGGGAUUUCCUACAGAGACUGGUCUCAGAAUAUGUACUUCAACUGCUCGGAGGACAACCCCAGCCGUGAGCGUUGCUCCGUGCCUUAUUCCUGUUGCUUGCCCACCCCCAAUCAGGCAGUGAUCAACACUAUGUGUGGCCAAGGUAUGCAGGCUCUUGACUACUUGGAAGCCAGUAAAGUCAUCUACACUAACGGCUGUAUUGACAAGUUGGUCAACUGGAUACACAGCAACCUGUUCCUACUUGGCGGCGUGGCACUAGGCCUGGCCAUCCCUCAGCUGGUGGGAAUCCUGCUGUCCCAGGUCCUCGUGAAUCAAAUAAAAGAUCAGAUCAAACUGCAGCUCUACAACCAACAGCACCGGGCUGACCCGUGGUACUGAGAAGCCUUCCCGUGCCGCCUGACCAUGGUGAUGGGCAAGCCUCAUGGACCAACAGCAGAGGGUACUGAGAACGGUACCCUAUGGAGAUUUGGAUUUCAGCCCCCCAGCAACGAGGGCCCAGUGGAAAGAAGCAAACUCCAGAAGACAGGGCACAAGAUGGCUCAGGUCUCAGAAGGACGUGCCUCACACCCCCAUCCUAGCCUCAGCAUUGGUAGAGAACUAUUUUGUCCUGUUUCUAACCUUGAACAUUUGGGUUUGUGUUUUGAAGUUUUGUCUGGUCAGCUGUGUGUGGGAAGUAGCGGUGGUACCAACAGCUGUAGGGGUACUAACUGCGUAGCUUCCCGAGGCACAACAGACAGCCCUGUCAGGGCUGCUCUGGACUAGGUGGACAUACUUAGAGUUUGCUGCCAGGGCGACCUGGCUGUGGAGACCAGACACUAGCAGCCCUGCCUGGAGUCCAGUUGGCAUAACCCCAGCUCCGGAGGGGAAGGGAGUGGAGCCGGCAGAGGGGAGUGAGCCUGGGGGUUGCAUGGGGACAGCUGGGUAUAUGGGGGUAGUGGAAGGGGAUAUGUUUACCAAAUGCUUGCCCUGCCACCCUCCCAGGUACUCAGAGUGAGCUACAUCCUGCCCCUCCUUCAUUUCCAUGGAAACAUGGCAGCAAGGGCAAGGGGUACAACAGCAGCCAAAUUCAUCCCCACCCCCUUCGCAAAAGAGUUUGGAACCAUGGUCCCUAUAUUCUGCAGUCGGCAGAAGCCGGCCUAAGCCAUACAUGCCCUUGAAUUCCUCUCUGUCUGGCCCUCCCUCUCCAGCAAGUGGGGUUUUCUUUAACUUGGCAGAAGCGUGGCAACACCCUCCACCCUCAUCUCCCAGCACCAGAACUCGGUGUUUCUACAGUGGAAGAAUCAGGAAUCUGGCAGAAAUGGCAAUAAAAGUUUGUUGACCUGG